GGCCGUUCCCAGCCUCCUCCACUUCGCUAAGCAACCCGAGUCUGGGGAGGGGCCGUCUCCCCAGGGACUCCGGGGCAGCCUGGAGGAAAAGCGGCUCCCCAUCCACCGGCAGCGUCACAGUGACGGGAAAGGGAGGAGGGAGGGAGGAAGUAGAGGCCAGUCGCUCAGGGAGACAGCAGCUGGAGCUGCAAUAGCCACAGCAUCAGCAUCAGCCCCCGCCCUCUCUCCUCCCACUCCUGUUCUCCUCCUCCUCACCUCUCUUCUCUCUUCUCUCAACCCCCCGCUGGCCCCGCGACCCGGAAAGAUGGCAGCCGAGGGGCUGCACGAGAACGAGACCCUGGCAUCUCUGAAGAGCGAGGCCGAGAGCCUUAAGAGCAAACUGGAGGAGGAGCGGGCCAAGCUGCACGAUGUGGAGCUGCAUCAGGUAGCUGAACGAGUGGAGGCCCUGGGUCAGUUUGUGAUGAAGACAAGACGAACACUCAAAGGCCAUGGGAACAAAGUCCUCUGCAUGGACUGGUGUAAGGACAAAAGGAGGAUCGUGAGCUCUUCUCAGGAUGGGAAGGUGAUAGUAUGGGACUCAUUCACAACUAAUAAGGAACAUGCAGUGACUAUGCCCUGUACCUGGGUGAUGGCAUGUGCCUAUGCUCCAUCAGGAUGUGCCAUUGCUUGUGGUGGCUUGGAUAAUAAAUGUUCUGUGUAUCCACUGACCUUUGACAAAAAUGAAAAUAUGGCUGCUAAAAAGAAGUCUGUGGCAAUGCAUACCAACUACCUUUCAGCCUGCAGCUUUACCAACUCGGACAUGCAGAUCUUGACUGCUAGCGGGGAUGGGACCUGUGCCCUGUGGGAUGUGGAGAGUGGGCAGCUUCUACAGAGCUUUCAUGGACAUGGAGCUGAUGUUCUCUGCCUGGAUCUGGCCCCUUCAGAAACAGGAAACACCUUUGUGUCUGGGGGAUGUGACAAAAAGGCCAUGGUUUGGGACAUGCGUUCUGGCCAAUGCAUCCAGUCAUUUGAAACACAUGAAUCUGAUAUCAACAGUGUCAGAUAUUAUCCCAGUGGAGAUGCCUUUGCUUCUGGUUCAGAUGAUGCUACGUGUCGCUUGUAUGACCUACGUGCUGAUAGAGAGGUGGCAAUUUACUCCAAAGAGAGUAUUAUAUUUGGAGCAUCCAGUGUGGAUUUCUCCCUCAGUGGUCGCCUAUUGUUUGCUGGUUACAAUGAUUAUACCAUCAAUGUCUGGGAUGUAUUGAAAGGAUCAAGGGUAUCCAUCCUAUUUGGACAUGAAAAUAGAGUUAGUACCCUACGUGUUUCCCCUGAUGGAACAGCCUUCUGCUCAGGAUCAUGGGACCACACCCUGAGGGUUUGGGCCUAAUCUGUAGUAUGUCUCCUAACAAUGUGAGCCAAUAUAUCAGAUAAGCUAUGGAAUAUAAUUUGAAAUACUCACCUGCAAUUUCACAUGCUAAGGAAACAUCUUGGUAAUUGAAACCCAUCAAAUGUCUCUGUAUGCCAUCCCAUAUUGAUAUUUAAAAUUUGUCUACUAGAGAUUUUAAGCCUAUACUGCUUUGAUAGUGUCAUCUUAAAGUAUAAUGCUUUCUUUCUCUUGAUUUUAAUUAUCUAUAAUUAGGAAUUAUUUAUUCAACAAAUUAAGCUUUUCUCUAAAAGCAUUCUAAGACCAAAUUUAUUAUUUCACAUAUCCUAUAUGAUUUGGACUAACUUAAUUCAUUUUAGAGCAGUUAAAAAUAUCAGCUACCGAUUAUAUCUGGAUACAGCUUGACUUUUGAAAGCUUCCUGUGAGAAUUAUGGAUUUCAGGUAAUGAGUUAGAACACACUUUGGAUGGUUUGUAAGGCAGUAUUGUUGGAAGUUUAUCCUAAUAUGACCACAUAGUAUCAGUUAUAAAAAAGAAAAGUCUAGUGAUAAGGUCUUUCUUAUUAAGAAUGACUAAAGACUCUUUUCCAUCUUUUCUAAUUAUCUUUUUAUAAAAAACAGCUUUCACUAGUGUGAACUUAAUUCAAUAAAGCAGACAUGUAUAGGGAAGUAUGUGACCUUCUUUGAGGUCCCUGCCUCUACUUUCCUUCCCCCUCUUCUAUGAGGGUUUAGAAAAAGCCUGAAGACCUCUUUUCCAGAGUCACCUGUGGAUCUCUUUGCAAGGAAAUAGAUUACCUCAUGAGAGUUUUCAUCUAGGGCAAGAAUGCCAGUUCUACACAGUUUCUUUUCCUUGCAAAGUUGAAAAGCUUAAAAAUACAUAUUAUUAAUAAGCUUCAUAAAGCUCUAAGCUUCUAGGCAAUCCCCAGCCUAAUAAUUAAGAAUAUCAAUCAGUUGAAUUUGAUAGUCAGUUAUCACCAGGCUUCCUUAUCACACUUUCUAUAGCAAAAACAUCAACUCAGGGCAAAAUUUAAAUUAUUUUAUUUUUAUUAGCAAUCCAUCAUUAAAAAUACAAAUAGCUAGUCAGCAGAAUUUCAAAUGGAACAAAGAAACUAUACCAUCUAUUGAAAUAAAAAGGAAGAAACAAAGUUGGAUAAGUCUACCAUUGUUCCAGAAGUUUUUUUAUACAGAUAGGGUUCAGACACUCCCUGUUAGAUUCUCUUGAUCUGGUCAACAAACCGGGAAAAGAUAAAGGCUCCAACUUCAGGUCAGAGUCAGUCGACAUCUUUCAUCCAAUAUUGUUCAUCCUCUCCUGUGAUCUAUCCCCAACUCUGCGUUUCUCUGCAGAGAGAUCUAAAAGUGGCCUUCACGUCAGAAAAACUCCCCACCUUAGUUCUGAUCCUGAGAGAGCUGCUUCUCUUCUCCAUCUGCAGAGAACUAUGAUUCCUGGAUCUUUAAGAAGGAUCCAAACUUCACCAGAAUGACUAUUAGAUGUGUUAGGUAACUCAAGGUAUCAUCUUCUUAGGUAUGUUUACCCUCUUUUUGCAUUUGUUUUCGAUUCAAGGAGAUAUUCAGUGCUAAAUAUUAGUGUAGUUGUGAUACUAUUUCUCUCCCCCUCCCCCAAAUAAACAAAAUCUUUUCUGUAGAAAGAGGAAAAAAAGAAAAACUUUAAACUAGUAUUAGGUUCAUGUUUUUAUAAACAUUGUUUCAUUCAAUUGUAUUUGGUCUAUAAGAAUUAGAUUCAUGUGACGUAUCUGUUGAAGGUGAAUCAUAUAAGCUAACUGAGGAUUUCUAAAUAAUGAUUAACUUACUUUCUCCAUGUGUUUAGAUGUCAAUCGACAAUUAUUUAUUAAUUUCUGAGUCCUAGGCAUUCAAAGACAAAAAAAAAUUCUUUCCUCAAGAUACUCAUAUUCUAUCAAAAUUACAAAUCCUUCAAAUGUUUAUGUAAAACAUACAUAAUCUACUAAAGAAGAUGAAAUAAUCCUUUUGUUAAUUGUCUGCUUAAUAAAAAAAGACUCCUCCCAAAUGGAGCUGGAUGAGUCAGUCUUGCAAAUAACCAGUCCCUGACACUUAAAAAUACUUCCCUGGAUUCAUGGAUUAACUGGUAUGUAGAUGCUAGGUUCCAAAGCUGAAUGUAUUCCUUGUGGAGGUGAUCCAGAACCAUGUUCUGCAGCUCUGAAACUAAAUUCUGGUUACUUGUCAUGGCUAAAUACUAUUUAUUUAUUAUGUCAUUCCUCUCAACAGUGUGCCAGGUCUUGGCAUCUAAUGGCUACUCCAAAAGCAAAGCUCAUACUCACCCUUUUUAAAAACAGAACUUUUUACUUUAUCUUCUAUUUUUACUUCACCAAACAUUUCCCAGUAUUUCUCUCCUUCCUCCUUCCCAAAAAGCUAUUUCAUAUAACAAAGAAUUAUUAGGAAGGAAGAAAGGAAGGAAGGGAAGAAAGGAAGAAAGGAAGGAAGGAAGGAAAGAAAGAAGGAAGGAAGGAAGGAAGGAAAGAAGGAAGGAAGGAAGGAAAGAAGGAAGGAAAAAUUUCAGCAAAAUUAAUUAAUACAUUGAAGAAGUCAGAAAAUAUACACAGUGUUCAUAGAUAGACCUCUCACCUAUGUACCUCCCACUUCUCUGAGACAAGUGUCUUCUCUUAUUUCUUCUUUGGUGUCAUGCUUUUUCUCUACAAUGGAUAGAAGAUAUACCCUUAACUAAACAAGGGAUAGAAUUGUAAUUACAAAAAAUAAAUAAUUUUGAUUAUAUGAAAUUUAAAAGCUUGUACACAAACAAAAUUAAUGCAUCAAGGUUAAAAAGGGAAACAGUUUCAUGGAAAAAAAUCUUUAUAUCAAAUUACUCAAAUGAGAGUUUGGUAUUCAAGAUAUAUAAAUAACUAAUAGGGAGGUGUGUGUGUAAAAUCAAAAGUCAUUUCCCAACAGAUAAGUGGUCUAAGGAUUUGAACACAGAAUUCUUAUAAAUACUAUAGGAAAAAAUGCUACAGAUUACUAAUAAUAAGAAACAUGUACAUCAGAACAACAAGUUUUACCUCAUACUCAGCAAAUUGACAGAAAUGACAAAAGAGAGGAAGAGUCAUUGUUGGAAAUACUGUAUAAAGGAAAAUACAAUAGUAGGUAGUUAGUGGAGUGAUGAAUCAAUACAACCACUUUUGGAAACCAAUUUGGAAUUAUGUAAAAUGAUUAAAAUGUCCAUUUUACUAAUAAACAUAAUCCCCAAAGAGAUCAUUAAUAAGAAGAAAGUCACCAAAUACAGAAGAAUAUUUCUAUCAGCACCUCUUAGUGAUAUUAAAGAACUGGAAACAAAGUAUGUACCCAAUUACUGGAGAAUUGUGGUACAAGUAUGUAAGGAAAUAUUGUACUGUAAUAAAUGAUAAAUAUGGUGACAAUAGAGAGGCAUGGAAAUAUUUACUUGAACUAAUUGAGAGUGAAGUAGGUCCAAAGAAACCUAGAUAUACAAUUACUACAAUAACAUAAAAGCAACCACAACAAUAAUAACCACAAAGCAAUGAAAAGUGAAGUGAGAAACCCAAAGUACUCUCACUUUUUCCAUUUCUGGGAAGCAAUCUCCCAUGAUUUCCUACACAAAUGGGCUUUGUGUCCUAAUCCCCUCUUUCUGGAAAAAAAAGAUUAAAUUCCAAAAGACUCAUCAUCAUGUUUGGCUAUUAUACAAUGGCUUUUUUUUCUUUUUUGCCAUAAAACCAGGUAAUUAUUAGCUAUGAAGUUAUAGAAGGACUGAUGUAAAUGUUAUUGAUUGAAGAAUGAAAGGAAGACCAUAAAGAAGGAAUGAAAGAUACAGGAUUUAUCAUUACCUUAAUCAAGCAACUAAUAAUUAUUUAUUAUCCAUUAACAUACUGGUGUGCAAGGUACCAUGCUAAACAUUGAGGAUUCAAGGCAAAAAUAAAUCAGUCCCUCUUGUCAUGGAAUUUACAUAAUAGUGAGGAGAAAAAAAAGAAAACGUAAUACAUAUAUCUAAUUUAAAAGGUAGUCAUAUUAUAAAUGAAUUGACCCUAUUUUUUAAAAAUAAGCAAGUACAGUUUUAUGUUUUAAGUGUCUAAAUGAUUAGAAAAUUUACUUCAACUUUUCCAACAUUUUAAAGCUUUUUUUUCUAACUUGAAUAUGCUCUUUUUCAUGAAAAAGUAGGAUUGUGUUGUUAACUUUAUAGUAUUGUGGUUUCUCCAUUUUUCAGAUUUUGCCAAGUCUUUAAAAAACAAAACAAAACACUAAUGCCCUCCUUUCCUUGAAUCAAGUCAGCUAUGUUUUUCCACUGCCAUAGCCUUUUAUAUCACUUAACAUCACAAGAAGCAAAAAAUAAACAUGGCAGCAAUACAGUCAAGCAGUUCACUUAUAAGUUGCUAUAAGUCCAACUGACACUGGUUAGCAUCUGUUUCCAGAAACAACUCCGGUCAAAUGCAGAGUACCCAGUGAUUCCCACCAUUCUGGUCUUCCAAAAUCAGACCCAGGCAUUCUUUCGGGAAGUUGAGUCAUCCCUUCUUGAAAACUGUAUCAGACUCCUCAGGAACUUUCCAAAUUGCUUAUAACCUGAUUACCUGGGACCAGGCUCAGGAAGCAAUGGGGAGAAAGUCUAUCGACAGACCCCCUCUGUAAGAGGAGGGCAGCAGCAGUUCCCUGUUUCUGAACGGCACCAGUUAGUUAUUGAGUUCAUUUUCCCCCCUUUGCUUUUUCCUCCCAUCUGCCUUUUUUAGAUGAGGCAAGCUGCUUAAGUAUAGAAGUAGUUGUAUUGUGUAUAUGUGUAUUUUAAGGGACACAAAAACAAAACACCAAAAACAAAGACAAGAAACCAUACUUUUAUUUUAUUAUCCAAGUCACCUAUGUGCUUUUCAAGAGCCUCAGUAAUUUUGUUCAACUUUUUGCUCAGCAGAAAAAUAAACUGAGCAGCUUUCUUAAAAAAGAAAGUAAAGUGGAAUAAAUAUAAAAACAAAACAAAUAAGCAUAAGCCAAAGAAAAGAUAUGAGAAGAUGAGAGGUCUCUAGGAUGGAACUUUGCAUAUAUUUUUAGAUUUUCUUAAUGUAUUAAUCAGGUUUUUUAAAAAAUUCUUUGUUACUUGAAAUGGCUCUCUAGGGGGGAUGAGGGUUAGAUAUACUUGGAGAAAUUUAGGUGAUGAAGGAACAAAAGGUAUUUAUAAAUUUUAUUUUAAAAAGAAAAAAAUGCAUUCAAUUUUUUUAUAUGCCAGCCAACAUUAAUAGUCAAAAUACAACCACAAAAUAGAUAACUCAGUGUUUGGAUAGACAAUCAAAACUGUCAGUCAAAUCAGCUUCUCAAUGAGACACAUGUAUAUUCACAUAUAAAUAUACUCAUGUAUUCAUUCACAUGACAUAUGUGUUCAUACAAAUAUAUGCAUAUGUAGUGUGGUAGAAUUUAGACCUAUUUUAGAAAUUAUCUAGUCUAAUCCUCUCAUUUUAUAGAUGAGAAAACUGAGGCCCACAGAGGUUGUGACUUGGAUCACACAGCUGUUAAGUAGCAGAGGGAGGAUUUGGAUCUAGAUCCUCUCACUCUAAAUCCAGUGCUCUUGGCACUAACCCAUGCUGCUAAACUAAUGUGAACAUCAUAAUAGGUUCCCCCCAUAUUUGUAUCUCAACCAUUUCCCCCAGUUAAUUUGCCUUCACUCUCCUUGGCUCUCCAAGAACAGACCCCUUAUGUAUUUAGGUUCAUCACUCCAGUUGACAAUAGGGCAAAGAGUAUAUUCCUAAAUAUGCCCCAGAGAGUGUUGAAUUAUUCCCAGGAUUUCUAUAUGGAACCCAGAUGCUAGCCUAGAUGCUCUGAAUCGAGGCUGUAAGAAUGGAGCCAUCCUCCCUUCCAGUAAGUGGAGGAGGUCAGUUGCAAAGAAAGGAAUGAAAUGGGAAUACUUUAACUCUCUUUGGGGGUGGCUGAGUACGUGUGAAAAUCUUAUUUUCUUGACUAACUCAAUUACUUAAAUGUAGAUGGUCCCUCCAGCACUUCUUUCCCAUCAAAAGUCAACUCAACCAUUCUGCCACAUUAUGAAGAAUGAUCCUUUUGACAAAUAAGAUGCACUAUGAUGAAGUUUAUGACAUACCAUAGAAAAUUUGUCUUGUGAAUGAGUUGCUUACACUGUAUUUAAUCUUAAGAUGAAUGAUAUUUAGUAUUUAUUGAAAAAAUAUUUGUUUUGAAAUCUAUACUGUGUUGAAACCCAUGGAUGGCCUAAAUGUAAUAAAUUGUAUUUUACAUAUUGAAAAUAA